AGGAAAGGGAAAACCCGAGAAAGAGGGAGUCGAAGAAGAGGAAGACCUGAUGUGGGGCGGAGUGAACUGGCCACUGGUGCACAGACUGUGCUUAGCCAUGCAUGGAGGCGAAGGGGAAGAGUCGGGUGGAAAGUCUGGGGAAGAGGGGAAAGGGCGCGAGAUGUAAGGUGGUGGUUCAAUUCCGACGACACACAGGCAGGAUCUCCGACCCAAGGUGCGCUCGACAUAUCGCGGGUGUUGCCAUGACCGUUAGUGCACAGGGAAAAGGCAAUGGGGGAGAGAGAGAGAGAGAGAGAGAGAGAGAGAGAGAGAGAGAGAGAGAGAGAGACGCGACAGAUGGAAGAACAGAAACGAUGGGUUGAGAACAUAACGUGACGGAUCGACAAUAUUUCUGUAAAAAGGCAAAUUUUAUUCACAUCUCCGUUAACAGAACCAGAAGACGAAUAACAUAACAUUCAGAAGGAAAACAGAUAAUAAAUGGAACAAAUCCAGCUCCUAAAAAGAGAAUGUCCAGGAAGCUACAUUCUUAUCAUUUAUGAUGUUACUCAUUCUACUUCGGGCCAAUUUGAUUAUGAACGAUUUUAGGACGCCGUUCAGGAUCAAAAUGUGGACGAUUUCGUCUUUCGUUUUCUCCUGUCUCUUCUUAAUCUUGGUAUCAUUUUUAUUGAUUCCAUCUAGGUUUUUUUCUGAGCACUACGUGGUCAUGACAACCUAAUGUUUACUCUGUGACUAAAAACCCAUUUUGAAACCUGUAGCAGUAGUCUCCCCCCCCCCAACCCUCCCUCCCCACUCCCAAAAUAUCUUUUUAUAUCUUUUUAAAAGUAUUCAAUUGUCAAUCAGAUGGCAAAGCAAUAAAACUCUUUACCUAUUUUUUCAUAA